UAGCCUUUUUAAUCCGUUGUUCCCAUGCAGGAUAAGAAGAAAGCAGUUCCUGUUAAGGGACCGGAAGUCAAGAGAACUAGAAGGGACCGUGGCGAACUGGAAGAUAUCAUGUUCAAGCUUUUUGAAAGACAACCUAAUUGGACUUUGAAGCAGUUAGUACAAGAGACAGAUCAACCUGCGCAAUUUUUGAAAGAGAUACUGAAUGAGCUUUGCGUGUACAAUAAAAGAGGAACAAACCAAGGAACAUAUGAAUUGAAGCCAGAGUAUAAGAAAUCGGUGGAGGAUACAGGUGCCGAAUGAAUUGUCCGGCUGUUUGAAAAGAAGAGUUUUAAUAGAAUUAGUGUCGUGAACGUUAUACCUCUUUCACCAGUUGAUAGGUGCUGUGGUAUGUUAUCAUUGUAAAUCAUGAAUGGAUGUAGAGUUAUGUGAUUGGAAUAUAUAUGGAACCCACUAAAUUACAGUAUUACACUAUCUCAGUUUUUUAUUUUCUGAUUUCUACUUCUAUUUUCUAA